CGAACGGCGCUCGCUCUGUUCACCACCCGGUAGCAUUACAAACACACACACACGGAGCCGAGCAUGACUCGCCCAUACUUCACUUCCUGGAUAAGCGGCGAUGCAGUGUAGCUUAACCUUCUCCUGCUGGUGGAGCCUGCUACUCCUCGCUACCGCCGUUUCUGCGGCCUGCCCCCUAAUAGGGGCCGGCUCUGACCCCCAAACCAAGGCAUACCUCGCUCCCGUCGUCUUUCACGGUAAACUGAUAGCGCUGGCCAGGCGAGGGCCCGCGCAGCAGGCCACGUUCCGCGUUGGCAAAGUGUUCAAGGGCUCACUGGACUCUCCUAACGCCCUGGUGGAGUUCGCGAUCCGGAAAAAUCCAGCGAGGUGCCGCGGAGUGCUUUACCCUAAAGGAAAGCUCCAGUUGCAGGAGAGGUACGUUGUGUUCGCGGCCUGGAGAAGGCGUAAGAUGAUCGCCGUGGACGAGCCAGAGGCCUACUCUAAAAGGAAGGCCGUGGCCAAAGUGCUUUGUCAAAACUGUGCCGGAGCACCUACCGUGAGGGGUCUGAAUGACAUAAACGUCCAAGUGAACUCCAAGUUAAAAUUGACGUGCAUACUCUCAGGAAACCCACCUCCACGGGUAGUAUGGUUCAAAGACGAACUCAGGAUCAGAGCUGAUAAAAGCCAUAUCAAAGUGAGAUCUAAAAGACGAAACUCCCAUUUAGUAAUUAACAAAGUGAUGUUGGAGGAUGGUGGUUUGUAUAAAUGUUUAGCAAAAAAUAUUUUAGGAAAUGCCACUGCAUCUGCCACAGUUAAUGUGACAUUAACAGAAACAGACUCUGUGCAUGGAGAUAUAGUGCCUUGUCCUAGAAGGAAUUUUUGUCUAAAUGGUGGAGUGUGCUACCUUUAUGCCUCAAUCCAAGAAUACAUCUGCGAAUGCGCGGAAGGUUAUACAGGACAAAGAUGUGAAAAAAAAGCCAUUUCAACUUUGAGUAGUCCUUCACCUGUAGAUGCGCUGAAGGCUCCUCGUGAUUUGAAUGCCACUACUCGCUUGCUGCAACACUACUGGGGUAGAUGAGGGUUGACCUACAAAGAAAAUAAACCAAUUCUGCUGGUCAGAAAAUGUGAGCAGGCCUCACAGCAACAUAAUCACAUGUAUAUAAUUACAUAUUUUAUUCAUCAUACCCUGUAAUAACUGAAGCAAAUCACAUUAUGAAUUCAACAGAAUGUGAAAAGUGUUACAGGUCAUCACCAUUGUCAUCAUCAUCAUCAAACUGACAUAAUCACGUGAGAGCUAUGAAUACUUAAGGUUCACUGUUUUGGGACCUCAAGAACUAUUUUUUUAUUGCUGAUUUUCAUAUUGUUAACUUAUUUUUGACUGUUGUGUUAAGAGGUGUGUCAAUGUGUUAACAAUCUUCAAAUAUAGCACAUCUCAGAUCACCUAACAGGAAUUCUGAAAACGAGAUUUCAAUGACUAAUUAAAUCUAUAGCAAAAAAGUGAAUUUCAAAAUAAAAAAAAAAACACUUGCUAACUGAAAAUUUAAAAAAAAAAAAAAAAAAAAAAAAAAAAUGAAACUCAAAGAAAUUUAUGAGUGGUAAAUCGAAUUUUCAGUUUGUGCAUAGACACUUUUUUUAUUCUGCUGAUGUCCAUUUAUAUUUAUAUGUAUCAUAAUCUGCAAAAAAAGACUAUGCAACUAGAUUUUUGCAAUUCAAAGUCUGCAAAUGAAUUCAUAUUUUUAUUUAUCAUAUCAUCUGUAAAUAAACCUUAGUCAUCUAAAUAAAAAUUCUGACACCAAACCAGUUUUUAGAAAAUGUGAAUAAUAUGAUUAGUGUCAGCAAGAAAUACAUAUUCUAAUUAUUAAAUAAAACAUGUAUGAUGAUUCUCUAAAAAGAAUUUAUAUUUUGGAUUACUUUACAGAAUCAAAAAUUAUGUUCUCACAAUUAUAUGCAAUAUACAAAAAUUGUUCAGAAGCCAAGUUUGAUUUUAAUGUCAAACAAAUACUAAGGACCCGCCUUAAAAAAAUAAAUAAAAUUAAAAAAACAUUUAUAAUUCCAGACAAUUGUUUUCUCUGUGGUGGUGGUCAUCUUAAAGCGAUGUUAAUGAUGUUCAAUACUAUUACUUAAUUCCGUUUUCAGAAAUUGGUAACUUUUACCUUAAGAAGUUGACUGCCAGGAGAAAUUUACAGUACAUUAAAACUUUUAAUCAGCUAUUCUUCAAAAUUAGCUUUCAGCAUAAGGAAACUACUACCCAGCAUUAUUAAUAACAAAUUCUCACUUUGCAUUGAAAAGAAUUACACCAACACUUUUAUGAAAAAAAAUAACAAUAAUAUUUAAAUUUGAAUAAUAUCUAGUAUUCAGAAACUUUUACCUAGCGAUAUAACUUGAUUUCAUAUUCAACAUAAUCUGAUGGUUUCACAAAGUGAUUAGAGUUGGAUUUUAAAUACUUUAUGCAGUUCUGUUUUUGCAUAUAGACAAUCAUAAAACACGGAAAGAAACUCAUCAUAAAUUAUUUUGACAAACACAUAAAAACUCUCCCUUCUUGACUAUCUUUUUGGCUUUUUACAUCACAUUAGACUUUAGCAAUAAAAAGGUUAAUUUUUAACUUUACUGACACUUUCGUUUCAUAUAACUUUGAUAAAGAAUUCAAAGAUUUGCUAAGCAAAAACUAUUGCUUUAACACAAAUACGGUAUCGUAACAGAGAACUAAAAUAAAACAUGCUACUACCAAUUAAAUCUCCAUCUAUUUAGUAACUUAUUUCUAAAUAUUACAAGUGAAUUUUCAAUAGAUGCCAAGAAAACUUCCUCUGAUAAUAUUAAAAUAUAAUACUGCAUUCUAAUAAGCAUUCUAAAUUAUUAUUUACAGCUUUGAUCAAAUCUCAUUAUAAGUUUAUUCUGUUUAUAAUGGCACAUUUUUAAAGUCUCAUUCAAAUAUAUGUCACUUCAGUGUUUAUAUUUACUGCAAACAGUGUCAGAUCUGAAAUGUCAGUAUCAUUUAUAUAAUUUCAGUUAAUGAGCCCAAACCACCUUGUUAAAAAGAGCUUCCAUAUUUAGAUUCUUUUUUGAAUAACAGCAUACUUCCACCUGACACCUUUGCUCACCGAUCAUAAGCACUGAGGGGAAGAACCAAUAUAGUGACAAAAAGUGUUUUUUAAAACAAUCCUGGAAUCUGGACACUGGAACUUACUUAAAAUUAAUAAUAUGAUGAGCACUGAAUGAUUAUGGGCUUCAGCUCCAAUUUUCAUCCAUCAUUUCUUCAAAAGAAAAAGGUGAUGUUCCUUUCCAAGAGCAAGGCUGUGAUAUUUCAGAUGAAUUGGAGUAUUUAACAGUGUUUUGAUUUAAUCAAUCAUCUAAGUUUGAUGAAAACACUUUAAAAAUAGAUUUAUAGGUAAUGAAAGCUAAUGAAGUUUUUGGUGGCAAGACAGAAGAACAUCAAUAAAAAACAAUCUGGCAAUUAUAAUGAUAUCUGGAAGCUGAACCAUCCAGUAUUUUAGACACUACAAUAGUUCUACUGAAAAACAUUUCAAAACUGCUAACAAUUUGGAUAAAGUUCAGCUAAUAAUUUGAAUUCAGUUUUCACACGGAAAGAAAAACAAACAUGUAUAACUGAUUUUUCAGCGACCUUCAGAAUAAUUUUUAGUGUAACUCAAAUUUCUGUGCGCAAUUGUAAGUAAAUGAAGAUGUAUAAAUAAUUUUUAAAUAGAA